AUGACUUUUGCGUGGAUCAGCCUCUCGACGCGGUGGAGUUUGACCAGUGUGCAAGCGGGGCUCAACGUGAUCAUCUCUAUACUGGGGACGUUAGGAGUAUGGGCGUUCUCCAAAUAUUGGUGGCAGCGAGGAAGCACCAACAUCCUCCGACACAAUUCUGAGGUGCCAUUGACCAAGUUCAUUAUUCUGUCCGGGCCCGGCGAUGGGUGGGAUAUCCUCAGGGUGCUUCGACAGCGGGUCUUUUCAAGGGAAUACUGGCAUCUUCUCAGCCAGCUGAUCGUGGUGGUGGCGGUCACACUUGCCUGUAUGUUUGCCGGUCCCAUCGCUAAAGUGUCGCUCAGGAGCACCCAGACCGUCCAACUAGCUUCCCUCGAGAUCCUCCCGACGAUCAAGGGGGACGGGUAUGAGGCGAACCUCCUCGAGAUGAACGUGCUGUGGAACCAGACGAUCCGUAGCUUGGACCAAGCGAAUUUCCCGGUCGACCACAUGCUCGAAUACCUGCCCCCCUACACGUCACCCUGGAUCUACGAGUCAAGCCAGUGGGAUCCGACGUGGACUUUGACGUGCAACUUUACGGAAGAGACACAUCUACCCAACGUCAGUGCCGUCGGCAACUAUACAUUCCGCGAUCCUAUCGAUGCGUUCCCUACCUAUCGCAAGACCUAUGAUCCCAAGUGGUUGGAUUCGUCCAAGUAUCGCGUACAGGUUGACUUUUCCUCAUGGUCCAAGACCGAGCCGGCUUUCAUUUUCGAGGAGGCACUGUUCUUCAUCCUGAUUGAAUCCGACCCGGCGAUUGACGAUCGGAUGUACACCAACAAUGCCACGAUGGACAUCUGCUUCUCUGUGCUGCACCUGUCGCACCUCAACGCCACCGAUCUGACGGACGCCACGCUUGACGCUGAAGACACGUGGCGGUUCGUCGGGCCGGUGCGCAACGCCAGCUAUACACGAAUCGAGUGUGGUAUCAGCCGCAAGCCCGUGGUGCCGGACGAGGACGCCAUUCCGUGGAUCUGGACGAACGACACGUAUUCCAUCACGUUUGGAUACCGAACGUACUUUUCCAAUAUGCUGGAGUCGGCCGCGAGCAAAGGACUCCCCGUCCCGACGCCGACGCCCAUGGACAUCUUGAGGAUGUGGCAGACGUACUUUGCCACCGUCAACACCAUCUAUGCGUUCCCCGUCCCGCGGGUGAUUAGCGUCUGGAUGGAUACGGUACAGCUGUCCACGGGCCUGCUCAUGACGCUGAUCUUCAUCGCCGCUCUGAUCAUCUGGACGUCCGGACGCUACUCGAUCUUCCGGCUGCGCAACAAGGCUCAGCUGAAGAAGCUAGGCAUCCCGGACAGCAAGCUCGAGUGGAUCAUCCAUGGAGCCAAGGUCCUGUGGGCCGGUCAAGCACCGCUGAGCCAGGGGGACGAGGAGCAGCAGCAGCAACAAGCCGAGAAAGACGACGCCCCACCACCACCACCAGCACAUCCUCCUUCGCCUCUGGUGAGACAGAGGGACCGAGACCACCUACGCACGGCGACUUUUGGGUAUCGCUACUCCGAGGUCCCCAAUCCUCCUGCAGCUCCGGGGUUUUCGGUGGUGCCGGAACUGAGCCUUGCACGCAUCCAUGUGCCCCGGUCAUCACGCUCGCCGGCACUCUCAGCCAGUAUUUCGAGAGAGGUAUCGAGGGAUUCUGCACGUUCUGGAGGGAGCGAGACCGCACCACCACCACUCCCACCACUACCGCCGCUAUCACCACUGUUACCGUGA